UCUCUCAAAAAACACAUCAUGGAAAAUUACAAUACACCCUUGCCUUUGACUCGUGAAAAGGAGUACGAAAUCAUGGUCUCCACCCUCGUUCAUGUCAUCAACGGCACUCAACCCGACACCGCAGUGUCUGAUGACAACAACGGCAUUCAUUACUUUAAUCCCACCUGUACUCCUUUGACGGUCAACGGUUGUGAUGUUUUCCCGCGUAGCCAACAACCAUUACCCACUGUGCCAGUGCCAACAAAGGAGAGGAAUUACAGGGGAGUACGACGGAGGCCGUGGGGGAAAUGGGCGGCGGAGAUUCGGAACCCGAAGCUCGCGGUUCGGGUUUGGUUGGGGACGUUCGGGAGUGCGGAAGCUGCUGCUAGGGCUUAUGACAGGGCGGCUGUUAAGUUCCGGGGAGAUAAAGCAAAGACCAAUUUCCCAUUAUCAGAUUACAAAACGGAGCUACAAGAAGUAGAAGAAGAAAAGAAGAGUAAUGGAGAUAAAGGGCAAUGCAGUAAAGAAAAUGAGGAUGAAAAUGGAGGAGAAGCAUGGGAAAUAUUCUCAGAGGGAGAGCUUAGGGAGUUAGUGAAGAUGGAUUAAGGGAAAGAUUCUCAGAAGCCGCAGGUAAGGUACAAGAAAUGGCACGUGUAAACAGAUAUGUGUUGCUCACUGGAAUUCAUAUACAGCAAGUACAUGUGUCCUCUCUUCCCUGAAAGAGUGGUCUGCUUAUGACAUGGUAAUGAUUUUUCGAGUUGUAGCAGAUAAAAAAUUUAUUGUUUUCA